AUGUGGACAGAUGAGGAAGACGAACAGCUUCGCGCGCUCGUUGCAGAGUAUGGCGUCAAGAAAUGGGCGCUGAUCUCGACCAAAAUGGCGGCGAAGGGUGCGAAGCAAUGCCGUCGCCGAUGGCAGAAUUACCUGAACAACGACAUCAAGCAGGGCGGAUGGAGCGAGGAGGAGGACCGCAUUUUGCUCGAGGGUCACAGGCUGCACGGGAACAAGUGGACGGAGAUCGCUAGGAUGGUGACGGGGCGGACGGACAACGCGGUGA